AUGCCCACUCAAGAGUAUCACUCGCAAUUCUACGAUUUGUCAGAUCACUCGUCGGACCAUCCGCCGGCCGACGAUCACGCGCACAUCCCAGCCGGACCCACACCUACCGACGCUCUCCUUCGCACACGUUACUCGUGCAGGUACUUCCAUUCUUCCUCUUCUCAUCCCGUCAGCAAAGAGACCUUGAAGGAAAUCUUUCUUUCGGCGACCAGAGCACCGAGCGGAAGCAAUUUCCAACCUUGGAAGGUGCACGUAAUUGGAGAGGGCCGAGUCAGAUCAAAGAUCGCCGAGCGGAUCACUGGGGCGUACAGGGACAAUGAAGAUUUCUCUGGUGAGGCCUAGCACUCGCAUUUCCCCCCGCGUUUUUGUUUGCACCCCAAGAUCGGAUGCGUUGCGUGACUGUAAUGAUUGACUGGCUCGUACGCAUUUAUUCGCAUCUCUCUCGCUACUCUUCUCUAGCCCCUUACGUCUUUUAUCCCCCCAACGAGCUGCUAUCCCAAAGCGCCUACAGCGAUCUCGCUUCGCGUCGCCAACAGUUUGGCGCAACACUUUCAGGUCCUUUGGGAAUAGCGCGAGAGGACAAGGAGAAGAGGAGAGCGACGACGGAGAGGAACUGGAACUUUUUCGAUGCGCCCGUCGCUUUGAUCAUCACCACGGCCGACAUCAGCCCGACGGGAGCUUACUUGGAUUGCGGCUUCUUUGUCAUGAGUCUGCUAAUGGCCGCCAGAGCUCGGGGUUUAGAAGCUUGUGUACAGGUACGUUUGUUUUGCUUUGUCUUCAAUUGUGUUUCGCCCCCCCGGCACCCGCAAUUGUGUAAGGAUUGGUCGACCGCUGAUUCGUGCUUUCAUGGUCUUGCCGUGUUGCCUCAUCAGGAAGCGCAUGCUACUUACAACACCAUCUAUUCGGAGAUGCUACCUUUGAAGGAGAGGGAGUCGGUGGUGUGCGGUGUAGCGAUGGGCUAUGCGGACUUGGAACGCGUGCGCAAGUUGACUGGAAAACAAGCUCGUCAAGACCUCGAGGAGCUCGUAUGCUGGCACUGA